GGGCAGGCUGCGGAGCUGAGGAAGCGGCAGCAGCCCCCGCCCUGCCCGGCUCAGCUCGGCUCCCCCCCGGGCCAGGGGCUGGGCUCCCCGCCGGGCGAGGCAGAGCCGGCCACCUCCCCUCCUCCUUCUCCUCCUCCUCGUUUUCCUCCUCCUCCUCCUCCUCCUCCUCCUCCUCGCCUUCCUACUUCUGCACCGGCUCCGCUCCGGCUCGGCCGCUGCCCCUCAGCCGCCGCGGGUGCCGCACCGCCGCCUCCCUCCCCGGCCUCCUUCCCUCCCUGCCCCCGCCCCCGCCGGUCCCCCUCCGCCCCGGCCCCAGCGCCGCCGCUUCCACAAGAUGGCGGGGACCGUGGCCGAGCGGGACGCGCUGAAAAUAGAGGACGGGCAUUUAAACAACUCCCUGGGAUCCCCGGUGCAAGCUGAUGUGUACUUCCCUCGCCUGAUCGUCCCCUUCUGUGGGCACAUCAAAGGAGGAAUGAGGCCGGGAAAGAAGAUCUUAGUUAUGGGCAUAGUGGACCUCAACCCCGAGAGCUUUGGCAUCAGUCUGACUUGCGGGGAGUCGGAAGAUCCUCCUGCGGAUGUAGCCAUUGAACUGAAAGCUGUGUUUACAGACAGACAGUUUGUCAGAAACUCUUGCGUAGCCGGAGAAUGGGGAGAAGAGCAAUCAUCUAUUCCUUACUUUCCUUUUAUACCGGACCAGCCUUUUAGGGUUGAGAUACUUUGCGAGCAUCCCCGUUUUAGAAUAUUUGUGGAUGGACAUCAGCUCUUUGAUUUUUACCACCGUAUUGAAACACUGUCAGCAAUUGACACAAUAAAGAUAAAUGGAGAUCUUCAGCUUACAAAACUUGGCUGAGCUUGUGAGGACUGCAGAUUCCAAACCGGCUCAGGUGCCAUCAUCCGUUUGGAGAAGCGACAGCCAGCUCUGGACACAGCUAUGGUAGGAGGGCUGCCCCGUUCCUUUUCCGCAUGCAGUUCUUCACUCCUGUGCCGAUGAACCGGGCUGUUGUUUAUCCUAAUGAAGAACACUGUUGGUUAAUAGACAUUGAGCCAUUUUUCUUGGAUCAAAAUAGCCUACCUAUACUGGAUAAUCAAAUUGGAAUGGAUGCAGAAAGACUUGCACUCUUGUUUCAAAUCUCACAGAAAGGCAAUUUCUGAAACGCAGCGUUAAAACUGGUUACUGAACAGCAGUGACAACAGCAACGACAACAAAAAGCUUUUCUUUUGCAACUAUUGGUUCUGCACUGAAGUGGAGUAGUGUAGCACAACAUAGGGCCACGUGCUGACGUCCUUACCCAGGGCCUGAGCCUGGUUCCAUGGAAAUCAAUGGCAAAACUCCCACUCACUUUUAACGGGGUACAAUCAAACUGUCUAGUCCUUAGUCAAGCACAAUUCCCACUGAUUUCUAUGGGAUUUUUGCACACGCCUGGGCGCCAGCUCUUCUGCUGGUCCAAAUCAGCAUCACCUCCAUGGCUUACAUGGAGUUUUGCUGAUUGCUCCCAGCGGCAGACUUGUCCCAAGGACUGUGCAAAAACUGAAUGAGGGUAUGAGGACACUGCCUGUGUAUUUUAGUCAGGGUAUUUGCAUAGAAUGUAGAUCGUUACGAGUUUUUGCACAACGUAUUGUUAAUACAAUUUUUAAAGCUUAUCUGUAGUUUAUUUAUUUAUACUCAUUGUAUGUAUUAUUAGUAAAAAUGAACAACCUUACUGGUGGUUAAGAACAGCGAAAGUGUAAACAUUUUGAAUGUACAAAAUGUCAUAGGUUCUUUGGGUAAACUUUACAUAUCAUUCUUGAAAAAUCCUGUUUCUUGUCGAGCAUUUAGUUACAUUUUAAUGGAGCCCUCUAGGCCCUGGGAAAGUGUGGGCAUGGUAGUUGCUGGGGGUGGGGGGAACUCUUCGCAUAUUCACUCAAAACUGCUUUUCAGGACUUACUAACUUUGCUGCACAGGAUAGGUUUGAGUUAAAAUCAAUCCAUUUAAAAACCAAACCAGCAAAUUUGUAGGUUGAACCGUGCUUGUGUAACCUGAGAAAAAGUUCAGUUUGGCAGCCUCUUAGUUGAGGAGGAGAACCAGCCUCUUUCCAAGGGAGAUGGGAGAUUUUCUGCACUUGUUUGAGAACAUAUUCGGCCUUUGAUAUGACAAUUAAAACUUGUCUAGACAGCCAAGUUAUUAAUGCUUGAAAAUCAGCUACUGCACAUGAAUAAUAACUUUUCAAGUAGCUUUUUAAAUAGUAGUUAUAGCUGUAUAAACACAGUCAUUGCGCUACACUAUGAAUGAACACAGCCACUUUUCUUGACUUCUUUAGGACUAAAUACACUUUUUUUCCUUGGCUGCUCACAACAGACUGUCGCUGGUCUUUCUGAGUAGUUAUAAUCAUGAUAGAAACAUGUAUUUAGACAAUUUUGAAAACAUGUAAUAUAGGGACUUUCUAAGACACAGAAUACAGAAACAUCCUUUGUAGCACUGUAUUUAAAGAAAAAAAAAAAAGAGAAGAAUCUCACGAGAAUUAUGUUAAACCUGCAAUAAAGCUGUGGUUUAAAGCAACCCGAACUGGAAUACCCAAAGUUAAGGGUAGAAUGGCAGUUGCAAAGCCUCAUUUUGCGCUAAUAUGGCCUGCAGUUAAGAAGCCUUAGACUGCAAGCUGAAAUUCCAACCGUGGCUCUAGUCCAAAGCCUGUUGAGGUCAAUCAGAGUCCUCUGAGCACAGAAGCCUGAUUCUUCUUUCAUGCAAGUGCAAAUCUCUUUGCAAAGCCAAGGGGGUGUUGUUGCUACUGCAUUUGAGUUAAGAAUCAGGCUGCCACCUAUAAAAUACAAGUUAAAAAUCAAAUUUUAGCCUUAACAUUGACAUUCCCUGACUUUUCCUUCUUUUUUCCAAAUUGAGAACCUGUCAUUUUCCAGAUGAUCUUUUUAUCUGGUGUGUGGCUUUUAAGUUGUACAUCAGAUCCUAUUUGUACUCCAGAUUGAAUAUGAAAUGUUCCUGUCUUGCUCUGUUUUUACUCUUUUACAUGAUACAUGAUGACUGUGUCAUUUUUCCAUUGUAUAAAGAAUGCUGACAGUGUUUCGGUACAAGAUAUAUUCUUAACAAUUAUGAUGAUGAUAAUAAAAAUCCAAGGGAAAGGUGCUUCUACAUGAGGUGUUUGGAUUUGUCUCCAGCUUGGAAAUGCUCUAUGGUUCCAAAGCAGAUGCAGGCAGAAGAUGAAUUCUGUUUGGAGAGAUACUUAGUAUCCUCUCCGCAUAGCGUUUGCUGCAACUACAGAUGUAAAGCCAGGUUUGCUGAUGUAGUGCCAUUGCCUGAGGCUGUCCUGCUAGGCCAGUAGUGGGCCAUAGGUAGGAGGCUGGAGAGAGUAAGUAGCACUAUGACCCAGCAGGAGCACAAAACCAAACAGGAUCUAUCUCCCUGACAGCACACCAGUAGAGAUAUCCCCUCCAUGCCUUUACUGUACUCCAGAAAAAGCAAUUUGGCUGACUGUAGUUUUCAGCUACUUGGGAUUCCUGUUAGGUUAGCACAGCCUUCGGACUUUUGCUAUCCUUGCAUGGGCUCGGCACAGCACAGUGCCUUCACCAGGGAUGCUGAGGUGAACUCAGUGCAGCACUGUCAGUGGUGUCUCUGUCAGGAGCAGGGGCCCAGGAACACUGCCUUGCCUCUGUUCCCACCCACUGCACUGAGCACUCCCAUUUGUUCCUGUUCCAGUACAUUUCUGUCUCGGGAAAAUGCUUUUCUGAACCCGAUUCUGGUUGUGCCUUUGCAUAACUCCACCAACUGCAGUGCCCACUGCCCGAUUCUGCCCUGCUGUGGUUUCUGAGCCAGGCUUCGAGGCAAGAAGGGCUGUGAACCCUUUCCUGAGAGCUUGUGGUUUGGCUGAGAGCUCAGGAAAGGGCAGAAAGUCACAGUUAAAGCUUCCGUGUCUAUAUUUGUCUGUCUAAUACCAGUUUGGAAGCCUUUUUACUUUUCUUUUGCUCUUGGGCAGUACCAGGCUAUGGCGAGUGAAAGAAGGGUAAUGUCUAUGUAACCAAAGGCUGUUCCCUGCAUGCUUGGCUUACACUGGCUAAUUGUGUUCAGAAGUAACUGCUGAACACGUCCAUGUCCAGUGUAAAGUCAGAGGAAAUCUUGGCCUUAAAUGUUUCUGUUCAGUUGGACCUUGAGCCAAAUCCAAAUGUUAAUUCUUCAUUAUGAGGGUGCUGAGGCGCUGGCAAAGGGUGCCCAGAGCAGCUGUGGCUGCCCCAUCCCUGGCAGUGUUCAAGGCCAGGUUGGACACAGGGGCUUGGAGCAACCUGCUCUAGUGGAAGGUGUCCCUGCCCGUGGCAGGGGUUUGGAACUGCAUGAGCUUUAAGGUCCCUUCCAACCCAAACCAUUCUGUGAUUCUGUGGUUUUAUGUUUAAGAUGUGAGACUGCGCUGCAAAAUUUAUAUCUGAUUUUUUUUUGUCUCCACAAUUCAGGGAUUAUUCACAUCUUCAUUGUGGAUAUAAACCCUACUAGACCUGAAAUAAGACUAUUUCCAAAUUGGGCCAGGUUUUCAAUAUGUUUUCUAGUAGGGACAAGUAGUCUGAGAGCUUCUUGUAAGCUGCAAUUCUUCAGAACUAAGUGUGUGUCUGAACCAGCUUCUGAAAUCUUGGGUUAGAAUUUAUUAGCUGUAUAUUUCCACGGUCUCCUCUGAAUGAGGAAAACUCAUUCGGAAAUGAAAAAAGCCUUGAAUGGGUAAAAUCCAUGUGGAGUGGAAUCACUCAACUUGGUAAAGCUUUAUUUUUUUCCAAAGAGGAAAAAGCAACAACCAAAAACCCCUGACCAAAUUCUUGAGCUGUGUUUGGAAUGGGCUGUGAUAAAGCUGAUUUAAUUAAAAAUAAAAAAGGGGGGGUGGGUUAUUGCCUACUCAGAAAGAACCUUGAAGUACUUCAGUGUCAUGUGAGGUAGCCUGUGUCUAAACAUACUUCACAGAAACACUUUUUCACAGCCAAGUUGUUAAAAAUGUUACAAAAUACCUUCUUUUGGUGUCACAAUUAGGAAUGGUUGCCCCACCUUGAAAGAACAUUUUGUGCUAAAUAUUCAUAUGUUGUCUAUGUGAACUUGCACUAACAUACAUUAUAUUCUUCCUCCCCUCCUUGACUAGCUUGAGAAGAAAUAGGCGUAAUAUUGCUAAACCGGUUGAAUGUGACAUCUGCUUGAGGCAUAGCAUCUUUCUCAAGGGCUGUUUUGAGUAAACAGCCUGAAAACCAAAGGGAGAGCCUGAUUCACCAUUCUGCCGUGCCAGCUUUCCGCCCCUGUCACUCUCCUGCUGUGAGGCUGAGACCGAAGCCCUGAGAUUUUAACGUGACGGAGCAGCACUGAGAUUUUUAUCUUCUGGGAUUUAGAACUAUUCACAGUGGAGGAAACAAGAAUAGAGUAGCGACGGCACUCCCCAGCUUGGUAGUAGGGCUGGGGUAGGAUGAUGUGCUGUAGUCCUAAGGGAGGAUGAGUUCAGAGGGAGGUAGUGGGCAUUUCAGAGCCAGCCAAGCACACAGGCUGUGGAGCUGCAUGACAGUUUCCCAGGGAUGGGCAUUUGCCACCUUCUGCAACCUUGUAAGAGGACACACAGCAAAAAACCAGCAUUGCUUACAAGUUUGGAAGGCAUGAAUGAAUUCAUGUUCCUACUUGCCUUCUUUAAAAGAGGCUCCCAAGUAAGUAAUAGGAAAAUAUAGGAGUAGCCAUGCUACUAAGGUAUUCUUUUCCCCACAGCGUAUCUGAUGUGGGGCUCAUCUUGCUUCCCAUCCACAAGAAGUGCUCUCCACAGAAAUCUACAGCUCUGCUUUCUGCACUGAGGCUGCUUACAGUGACUUUUCCCUGCAGGAAACUGCAGAACCACAGUUAGUGGUGGCUCUAAGCAACCUCCCAGCACCCCUGGAAUUGAUACGAGUCUGAGGAACAAGAGUCAGGCUGAGGGCAGCCCUAAAUGCUCACUGUGAUAAGCACAGAAGUUAGGAAGAAAAGCUACACCAGCCCAGGUACCUGGUGAGUGACCUGGUGAGAUUUUUUGUAAUCGUGAGUAUUGUUCUGAUUUUCUCAUGUGGAUCAGAAAGCUUAGAGGUACAAGUCACUGUGCAAUGAGUGGUGUGUGGGGUUAGAACCAAGGCCAACCCAAACGGGGAGAAAAAAUGAGCUGCAGACGCUUUAUCUGGCUUUGAUACACCCUCCCAGCUCCUCCCAGCAAUCACUGCUCUUAUGAACGUACACAAUUACUACAAUGAGGAGAUUCAGCAGCAUGUGCAAGAUCAAAAUAAUAAACUCCUGCUUUGCCACAGGUCCUCCCUAGCUUCUGUUGCAUGGCCCCUCCAUCUGUCUGUCAACAAACAGCUACAUCCUGCUGCUUUUAAAAUCCAUGGCAAAAAUCCCUUUGACUUUCCUGGAAAUAGGUCCAUAAGAAAAGGGUUAUUUCUAGCUCUCCCUCUCCAGUUAUUUUCAGCUGGGGCAUACUCUAAAACUGAGAAUAUUUUUAAGUAUGAACAGAGGACUAUUUCUGUCCACAUUAUCCAUUUGAUAGAGUCAACAGAAAGCACAGCAGUUUCGCAGUAAGCUGAUGAAAAGUCUUACAUUCAUCACCUUCUGAUUUUAAAACAUGGGGAUGCGCACAAAACGACUGGGCAAUAACAGUAAUAUGUAUCACUCACCACAGAGCUAUUCUUAUGUGUUGUGACAAUUUCAUAAUGGAAUUUUAAUAACAAUAAACUGUGAAAUCU